AUGGUCGCUCGUGGUGCCGCGACGAAGCCCAACUCGAAGCCCGCUACGACUUCUCUUACGCCGGAUGACAGCUUGAGGAUCUUGAACGAGCAGAGGAGCGUUAGGCCCAGCUCGCCGCAUUUCACCAUUUACCAGCCGCAGCUUACUUGGCUUGGGUCGAUUGCAAACCGUAUCACCGGGACUGGGCUUUCCGUUGGCAUGUACGCAUACGCUAUCGCCUACUUUGGCGCCCUUCACACCGGAUACGGCGAGCUGGUCUCGUCUGGCUACCUGACUUCGCUCGUCGCCAGCUUCCCCUUCUGGCUCAAGCUCUCCCUCAAGGCUCCCAUUGCUGCUGCUUUCAACUUCCACACCUGGAAUGGUAUCCGUCACUUGGCCUGGGACAUGGGCUACUUCAUCUCGGUCAAGGGAUGCUAUCAGUCGGGUUACGCUGUUCUCGGAGUCACUGCUUUGGGCACCGUGGGUUUGUGCAUGCUCUGA